AUGAAUCACCAAUUAUUGAUGCAGCAGCAGCAACAACAACAGCAGCAGGCGUUUUCGCUGCGGGAUCUGUGGAAUCGUCCUGCAUCGCUGUUUCCGACUAUGAACGCACCUCAGCCGCAGACGCCUUUGGAUAUGUUCGCUGGCUUGAUGAGCAGCCAUCAACAAUCACAACAGCAACAGCUUCAUCAUCAGUUGCAUCAAACUCCGAAUCACAAUCACCUGCAACAGCAUCAUCAGGCGCAUCAACAGCAGCGGCAGCAGUUCGAUCCUUACUGUGCACCACCGCCAGGCUUGACUCCUCCACCACGUCCAGCAAUGACAUCACAGUCCAUCUCGGAGUGGCAAGAAGGUUUGAAAGCGCUGCUGCCAAAUGUGAAUGUGCGUUUUGUAAGCGAUCUGGACACUGGUCACAAUGGCACCAACCUUCAUCAUCUUCACCAACAACAGCACACACAGCACACGUCAUUGGGAAGUAGAUGGCCGCCGUCAGCGUAUGGACUUGACGCCACUGGACGCACAAAUCCACAUCACAUCGUACCACACGCCGUUCCUCCUCCACCCGGUUUCUCGGUGCCAAACCGAUGA